CAGCGUGGAAUUCUGCUGAAAUUAAAAAUUGCGCACAAUGUCAGUCAAAUCGAUUAUGUAACAUUAUAGAUGGGCAAAUGCGCCCCUACGUGCGUGUAGGAUUAUACCAAAAUACUUUAUUCAAAGCUUCUU